AUGACGGUUUAUUUGCCAAAGACCAACACCACAUACAAGGAGAAGAAAUACUGGGACUCGCGUUUUGAAAGCGAGGAGUUAUACGACUGGCUAGCUCGUUUCGAGAACGUAGCAGAGCUGCUGAGUAAAUAUGUACGACCGUCGGACCGCAUCUUGAUGGUUGGCUGCGGUAACUCGACGUUUAGCAUGGACAUGUAUAAUGCAGGCUUUCAUCACAUAACUAAUAUUGACUUCUCCAAAGUCGUCAUCGAGCGCAUGAGCGCUAAAUACAGCGAUGAGAUGCCCCGGAUGAAGUGGCUCGAGGCGGAUAUGACCAAGUUGUGCGACGUCUUCGCGCCCGAGACCUUCGACGUGGUCAUUGACAAGGCUGCCAUGGACGCACUCAUGUGCGACGAAGGCGACGUCUGGUCGCCAUCGGAAACGGUGAUCGAGCAGGCUGCUGCCAUGUGCAGUGGCAUCACGUCUGUGCUGGUCCCACGAGGAACGUUCCUGCAGAUCUCAUUCGCGCAACCGCACUUCCGCAAGCGCUUUCUGCUGGGCGAGGGCGAGCAGGCGGCUUCCAGCGCAGUCUAUGGCUGGGAUUACUCUUACCACAAUAUCGAUAUCGGUCUUGGGUACUUCUUUUAUAAGCUGGUAAAGAGCAGCUAA